CUGAAGGUGCUACGGGCGCCUCAAAGUUCCAGGGCCCUCUGGACUCAGCCCAAACCGGGAGUGGCACCCGGGUGCCUUGGGGAAUGCUUGUGUUCGUGCCUGAUUGGUCUGGAUUGGCGCUCGCCCUCCUCGAGCUGCUCUUACAGUCGGUACUGCUAAUGUUUGAACUUGAGGCUUAAAACAACGGACUGGACCCCAUGUCAAGUUAACUUUCAAGCGGAAUGGCAUUAUCACAUUCAAUGCCGCGUUUCGGGUUCCUGCUGAUAGGCCUGAUGACAUGCACUGUUGUCGCCAUAGAGAAUAAUUAUAAAGCAAGGGGGCCACUUCUGGUGGUGGGCUCAAUAAACGUCGACACGACGGUGCAUCUCGACGAACUUCCGCGGCGCAGCGAAACAAAAAUAGCCCAGCGCCCCAGCCCGACCCUUGCUGUGGGUGGCAAGGGCGCCAACCAGGCUGUGGCGGCGGCGCUGCUGUCCGCGGGCACGGGCCGCGCCGCCGCGCGCUUCGUGUGCCGGCUGGGCGACGACGCCUACCUAGGCUGGCUGCAGGGGGAGCUGGCGCGAGCGGGGCUGGACACGUCCGCCUCCGUGGUGGUGCCCGGCAUGUCCACCGGGGCCGGCAUCGUAUGGCUGGACGCGGAGGGUGCAGCCACCAGCGUCGUGCUUGGCGGCGCAAACACACAGGGCUGGUCGCUGCUGCCGCCCGACGACGCGUCUUCGGCCGGCGAGAAGGCGGAGGAGGAGACUGCCGCCCGCGAGGCGGCGCUGCUGGCGGAGCAUGCGGCAGCGGUGGUCGCAGGUGGCAGUGGCAACGCUAGUGCUAGCAGCACGGGUGACACCAGUGCGGCUGCACUGCGGGCGAGUGUGCUGCUGCUUCAGCGGGAGGUCCCGGAGCACGUGAACGCGGCGUUUGCGGCGGCGGCCGCGGCGGCAGGCAUCCCCGUGCUGCUGGAUGCAGGCGGCGAGAACAAGCCGGUGUUUGCGGCGCUGCUGUCACACGUGGACUUCCUGGCGCCCAACGAGCAGGAGCUGCAGCGCCUCACCGGCCUGCCCACCGCCACCGAGGAGCAGGUGGCGGCAGCUGCCGGCGCCCUCAUGGCGGCGGGAGCGCGCGGCGUGCUGGUGACGCUGGAGGGCCGCGGCAGCCUGCUGCUGUUGGGAGACGUGGAGGCGGAGGCGGAGGCUGGCAAGGCGGCGAAGGGCACAGGCGGCAUCAGUGGUGGCCGCAGGUGCCGGCCGGUGCGCGCCAUCCGCCAGCCAGCGCUGCCGGUGCCUGGGGGUGUGGUGCUGGACGCCACGGCGGCAGGCGACGCCUUCCGUGCCGCGCUGGCGGUGGCGCUGGUUGAGGGCCAGGGCCUGGAGGAUGGGCAGGGGGGCAAGGAAGGUACCGGGUGGGAACAGGCCCUGCGCUUCGCGGCGGCGGCGGGUGCCAUCGCGGUGUCGCGCAUGGGCGCCAUGCCCAGCCUGCCCACUCGGGCCGAGGUGGAGCAGCUGCUGGUGGAGCACGGCGCCUCGCCCGCCGCCCAGGCCUGGGACGCACCCGAGCUCCUCGCCGCAGCCGCCCGGGCCGCAGCUGCCGGGUCAAGCGGCACUGAGGCGGCCGGCGCUUCUGCUGCCGCCGCUGCCGGCUCUUGCAGCCUGGGCGGGGGCGGAGUCGGAGUCCAGGAGGGCACAUGCAGCAACCCAGCCUCGGCGGCAGAAGCAGGAACAGCCACAACCACAAUACCGGUAGCAGCUACGCCAGAGAGCGCCGCCAUCGGUAGUUGCGCCGCUUCUUCUUCCGCCGCCACCCCGCAGCACCACCAACCGCAGCUGUACCAGCAUGACGGCGCGGAUGAGGCGGCGGACGGCGCCUGCCCGCUGCUGUUCGGCGCGCGUCUUAACUCCAUGAAGUCACGCCGCGACAAGCUGCUGGCCAACUACGCCAACUAUCUACCCGCCGCCAGGUCCUCUGAAGACGGCGCCGCAGCAGGUUCUCAGUCAGCCGCGUCAGGUGAUGCUGGGCAGGACGGCUCUGCCGCUGCCGCUGCGCGGAGGGAGCGGCUGUUGGAGCAGCUGAAGGACAACGGGCCGCUGGGUUGGGUGGCGCGUCAGGGGCUGGUGCGCGCAGCCGAUGGCUGGUCGGGCGGGCAGCAACAGCAGCAGCCGGCUGGUGGUGCCGGGGGUGGUGCCUGGGGUGGUGCUGGGGGUUUGGAUGUGGUGUACUUCAACUACCCGGAGCACCUGAAGGGCCUCACGCUGCAGCAGGUCCAGGAGGCGCUGUCGUUGGCGGGGCUGGCGGCGGGCGGCGUGGCCAUGCGCUUCCCCGCAGACCCCUUCCGCGCCGGAGCCUUCACCAACCCAGACCCCGCGGUGCGCGCCGCGGCGGUGGCGCUGGCGGUGGAGGGGUGCGGCUGGGCAGCGCAGCUGGCGGCGACGGCGGUGGCGGCGGGGAACCUUUCGGCCUCAGCCGCGGCUGCUGCGACGCCAGCGCCGGGGCACUUGGUGGUGUGGUCGGCGUACGACGGAUACGACUACCACCUGCAGGCCGACUACGGCGCCGCCUGGUCGGCCGCUGUGGAGGCGUACCGGCAGUUGGCAGACGCCUGUGCCGCCAUGCACGUGGCUGUGUCCAUUGAGCCCAAGCCGACCGACCCCUCCAGCCGCUUUUCCUUCCUGCCCAACACCGCCUCCGCCCUGUCGCUGGUGUCCGCCGUGGGCCGCCCUAACCUGGGCCUCACACUGGACACCGGUCACCUGCUGAUGGCCGGAGAGUGCCUGGCACAGAGCGUGGCCGAGGUGGCGGCGGCGGGGCGGCUGUUCGGGCUGCACCUCAACGACGGCCACGGGCGGCUGGGGGCGGAGGACGGGCUGGUGUUUGGCAGUGUGCACGGCGCGGCGGCGCUGGAACUCAUGUACUACCUCAGAUACAAGCUCCCCCCGCGGCCGGCGGGCGCCUUCUCUCGCGGGGACGGUGCUGCUGGUGUGUUCGGGCUGCCGCAUGCGAUAUUUGACACCUUUCCGCUCAACGAGGACCCGGUGCUGGAGGCGGAGGCCAACGUGCGCGCCGCCAGGGGCAUGUGGGCGCGGGCGGGGCGGCUGCGGCGGGCGGGGCUGGAGGGCUGCUUGGCGGCGCACGACGGGCUGUGUGGCAUGCGGCUGAUGGCGGAGCUGCCGUGAGUGGCGAGAGUAAUGCAGAUGUUGAAGUGGGUUUGAAAGGGAGCGGGCGAUUGCAUGAAAGGAGCCGCGACGUGGAGUUGGGAUGAAUGCACUGAACCGAGUGGGGCUGUGAUCAUGCGUGGACGACGAAUUGGUUGCUGGGCAUUUGGGGUAAAGGUUUUGCCCGACAACAUCAAGCAUUGGAUUGGUUAUUGUGGGCGAGUGGGAGUGAGAGUAAUUGGGCUGGUUGGGUGGGUUGGGCGGGGGGCGGGGAACACUGAGUGGGAGUGAGCACCCGAGUGUCGUGGCACGGCAUGUGUGGCGAAGGUGUGUGGCCCCGACACUAAUUACAGCCAA